UUCUCCUAUAAAUUCCCUCUGGGUCUGUUCUAACUCUCUUCACUGCUUCCCUCUCUCUUCAUUAUUUUUCCAUUGUCAACCCUUUGAAGCAUAUCUAUCAGAGAAAUGACAUCAACAGUAAAAACCAUGAUGCUUCCAAUGGUGUUACUGAAAUUAGUGGACUGGCUUUUGUACCAGUUCUUAGGAAACUCAUGUUAUAGGGCUGCAAUGAAGGUUAUAAACCAUGGCUUCUUUCUGAAAAAUACUUGCAUCAAAUCAUCAACUUCAUCUUCGCAUCAGAUUCCUUUAUACCCUAGUAUUACCAAAUGCCAUUUACAUGGAAGAAAAUCAAAAACACUUGUGUGUGAUAUUCAUGGCUGCUUGUUAAGAUCUCAGUCUUUCUUCCCUUACUUCAUGCUGGUUGCAUUUGAAGGUGGCAGCAUUUUAAGAGCCUUUUUGCUGCUCUUAUCAAGUCCUCUUUUGUUGGUUUUGGACUACGAGCUUAAAUUGAGGGUCAUGAUUUUUAUUACAUUUUGUGGGCUUAGGUUGGAGGAUAUGGAUAGUGUAUCAAGAGCUGUUUUGCCUAAAUUUUAUCUUGAAAAUCUCAAUUUUCAUGCUUUUGAGGUUCUUGAUUCAGUAGGAUCUAAGGUUGUCUUAACAAGUGUGCCUAGAGUAAUGGUGGAAGGUUUUCUAAAGGAGUACUUAAGUGUUGAUUCUGUUAAAGGGACUGAGUUGCAUACAGUAGGGAACCAUUUCACCGGUUUAGUAUCCAAUACAGGACUUCUUAUUAAACAUAGAGCUCUUAAAGACUUGUUUGGGGAGAAAAGACCUGACAUUGGCAUUGGAACUUCAAGUCUUUAUGACCACCUAUUAAUCUCUCUUUGCAAGGAAGCAUAUGUGAUCAACAAAGAAGACAGCAAAACCAGUGCAAAUUCAGUACUUCCAAGAGAGAAAUAUCCGAAGCCCUUAGUAUUUCAUGAUGGAAGGCUAGCAUUUUUGCCCACUCCCUUUGCAACUUUGGCUAUGUUCAUGUGGAUUCCUGUGGGAUUUGUGCUGGCAAUCUUUAGACUUUUUGUUGGCAUCUAUUUACCUUACAAAAUGGCCAUCUUCUUAGGCACUUCAAGUGGUGUAAACAUCAGAAUCAAAGGCUGUGCUCCCUUAAAAUCCCAAAAUGGUAAAGGUGUACUCUAUGUUUGUACCCAUAGAACCCUUUUGGACCCAGUUUUCCUCAGCACAUCCCUUGAAAGACCCUUAACUGCAGUAACAUACAGCCUAAGUAAAAUGUCCGAAAUCAUGUCACCUAUAAAAACAGUCAGAUUAACUAGAAAGAGAAAACAAGAUGGUGAAACUAUGCAGAAAUUACUAAAAGAAGGUGAUUUAGUAGUCUGUCCAGAAGGUACCACGUGCAGAGAACCAUAUUUGCUGAGAUUUAGCUCUCUUUUUGCUGAAUUAGCUGAUGAAAUUGUACCGGUUGCCAUCAACACAAAUGUGACCAUGUUUUAUGGGACUACUGCAAGUGGGCUCAAAUGUUUGGACCCUAUAUUCUUCUUGAUGAACCCUAGACCAAGUUACAGUGUUCAGAUUCUUGGGAAGAUGCCCAAAGAGCUAACAUGUGCUGGUGGUAAAUCUAGCCAUGAGGUGGCUAAUUAUAUACAGAGACAACUGGCUCAUGCAUUGGGUUUCGAAUGCACUACUCUUACAAGAAGGGACAAGUACAUGAUGCUAGCAGGGAAUGAAGGUGUAGUCCAAGAUAAUAGAAAAAAACCCUAGAUUUGCAUUACUGUUUUAGCGAUGAUCUAUCUAUUAUAUUCUUAAUUUAGUGAUUUUAUAAUUUUAUUUUAUUUUAUUUUAUUUUUUUUGUGAAAAAUAUGAUUUCUUUAUCCAUAUAGAUUAAUGGUAAUUUAUGCUGGAUCCUACUUUUGUAUGGGGAUGUGUUCAAAUGAUAC